UUUAAUUUGAAUUUUUAAAUGUUUAGUAUUGUAAUAUUGGUUCACCUGUAUGGUUGCCUAGCAAUGUAUAAUCGGCAUAAUUGUGUAUGGAUGGAAAUCAUUAUGUCAAAUAUUUUGAGGACGAAGUGUGUUAUUGUAGGGAAUUGUACCGUAGGGAAGACUGCCCUAUCUCAAACAUUUUUGUCAGAUGGUAGACAAUUUUCAAAGAAUUAUAACAUGACAUUUGGAGUUGAUUUGAAAGUGAAGACAUUAUCAAUUCCAGAUUCAAAUGAUACUGUGGAAUUGUUCAUUUAUGAUUCUUCAGGACAAGAUGUUCAUAACAAUUGUCUUUCAAAAUAUUGGCAUGAACCCAACAUCUUAAUGGCAGUAUUUGAUGUUACAUCUGAGUUGUCACUUGAUUCAGUAAGCCACUGGGUUGCUCUUGUACGCAGCACUAUACCUCAAAAAGCUGCCUCCACAACUCCUGGUGUUCUCUUUGGAAAUAAGACUGAUCUAGUAGACAGAAGAGUUGUAAGUCCCAAAACAGGAUCUACUAUGGCAGAGAAACUUGGGCUUAUGUAUUUUGAAGGAUCUGCUAAAGAAAAUCAAGGGAUUGAAGAACCAUUUUUCCUAUUAGCACAUGAAUGGCACAAGUUGUACAGUGAGAAGAAAACUGCCUUUGAUCUUAUUGCAUGAAUGGAUACACAACACUGUGAGUCAGAUGACUGCAUUCUACUUCUUGCUGCUGCUGCUACUACCUCGGUUGCGCUUGGUGCCUUCUCGAGUUCGGAGUUCACUUGGUGAAACAUCAGGUCCAGGGUGUCCACUAGAUCCCACCUUACAGUUGGAGCUCCCAUUCAGGAAAUUAGCAUUAUCAUACUACAUUAUUGCACAAAAGAAAAUAUGUAGUCUUUGCUUUGCUUUUGUUCAGAAUAAACUUUACAGUAUUCUGAAACAUA